GGAUUCAGAUUCGGAUUGCAUCUGGCAGUGGAGUUAAUUAGCCAAAGCCAAGAACUCAUUGAAGUUCCAUUAAACAAAUUGCGGCAGCAGGCCACACGGGGAGCGGCGCGAAGUGGAGGGUAUUCCGGUUUUUGGUUUCGUUUUGUGACAUUCAAACGGUUCUUAACUAUUAAUUGACCUCUCAGGAGGGGUCAAUAGAUACAAAGAUAGAUUCCCAGUCUGUUCAUUUGAGAGAGAAAGCAGUCCGCAGAGAUGCCACAGCACGCUGACGUGGAUGAUGCCCACCCGGAGGAGGAGGCGGAGGAGGACGGUUCGGGCAGGGGAAAGGCAAAGGGAAAAGGGAGGGAAAAGAAGGCCAAAAAGGAUGCCCAUCCGAUGGUCGGCUACACGCAACUCUUUCGCUACAUCACGGCCUGGGACUAUGUCCUGUUCGUGUCCGCCCUGAUAGCAGCCCUCCUGCAGUCUCUGGUCUAUCCGAUUGCCAUUGUGGUGUACAGCGAACUGGUGGCCAUGUUCAUCGACCGGACCCUGGGGCAGGGCACCAGCUCCAUUACCAUCGGGCUGUCGCUCUUCGGAGGCGGAAAGGUGCUGACCAACGCCACGUACGAGGAGAACAUGGAGGAGCUGCGCAAGGACAGCGUCUCCUUUGGCAUCCUCAUGACCUUGAACACCCUCCUGAUGCUCUUCUCCGGCAUGUACUACGUGGACGCCUUCAACCGCCUCGCCCUGCGGCUCACGGUGCGCAUGCGGAGGGAGUUCUUCAAGGCCACCCUCAGGCAGGAGAUCGGGUGGCACGACAUGGCCAAGGACCAGAACUUUGCCGUCCGCAUAACAGACAACAUGGAGAAGAUACGCAGCGGCAUCGCCGAGAACCUGGGCCACUACGUGGAGAUCCUGUGCGAGGUGCUCAUCAGCGUGGUCCUGUCCUUCGUCUACGGCUGGAAGCUGGCUCUGUCGAUAGUCUUCUACAUACCCCUCACCCUCGCGGUCAAUUCCGCGGUGGCACACUACCAGGGGAAACUCACGGCGAAGGAGCAGAGCUCGUAUGUGCGCGCCAGCUCUGUGGUGGAGGAGGUGAUUGGCGCCAUUCGCACGGUGGUGGCCUUUGGGGGCGAGAAAAGCGAGUCCGUGCGCUACGACACCCUCCUGAAGCCCGCCCUGAAGGCGGGCAAGUGGAAGGGCGCCUUCUCGGGGCUCAGCGACACGGUGAUGAAGGCCAUGAUGUUCAUCACGGGGGCGGGGGCCUUCUGGUACGGCGCCAAUCUGAUUCUCUUCUACAGGGACCCCGCGAUUCCCAUCGAGGAGCGGGUGUACACCCCAGCGGUGGUCAUGAUCGUCAUUUCGGGGAUCAUCGUGGCCGCCAAUCAGAUCUCCCGCACCUCCCCCUUCCUCGAGACGUUCGCGAUGGCUCGGGGAUCGGCGGCGGCCAUCUUCGAGGUCAUCGAUCGGCGAUCCCUGAUUGACCCGCUCUCCAAGGCGGGCAAGAUCCUCAACUACGGGCUGAAGGGGGCCGUGGAGUUUCGGGACGUGUUCUUUCGGUACCCUGCCAGGGAGGACGUCAUCGUCCUUCGGGGACUCAAUGUCGUCGUGGAGGAGGGACAGACGGUGGCCCUCGUUGGACCCUCGGGCUGUGGCAAGUCCACCUGCAUCCAGCUUCUGCAGCGCUUCUACGACCCCAUCUUCGGGCAGGUCCUUCUCGACGGCGAGGACGUCCGCAAGUACAACAUCCAGUGGCUGCGCUCCAACAUCGCGGUGGUGGGCCAGGAACCGGUGCUCUUUCAGGGCUCCAUCGGGGAGAACAUCCGCCACGGGAAGCCGGAGGCCACCCAAAAGGAUGUCGAGGAUGCCGCCAAGGCCGCCAAUGCCCACGACUUCAUUGUGGCCCUCCACAAGGGCUACGACACAAACAUCAGCGAAAAGGGAGUCCAGCUGUCGGGCGGACAGCGACAGCGCAUUGCCAUCGCCCGGGCCCUCAUCCAGCAGCCCAAGAUCCUGCUCCUGGACGAGGCCACCUCCGCGCUGGACUACCACUCGGAGAAGCUCGUCCAGGAGGCCCUCGACAAGGCCUGCAAGGGGCGCACCACGCUGGUGGUCUCCCACCGGCUCUCCGCCAUCCGCCACGCCCAUCGGAUCGUGUACAUCGAGCAGGGGAAGGCGGUGGAGCAGGGCACCCACGAGGAGCUAAUGAAAAUCGAAGGAUUCUACCACAAAAUGGUCACCGUUCACGCGUACGACGACUCGGCCGAGGAGCUAAUGAACGAAAUGGAGGAGGAGGCCGCCGUCCCAAAGAAGGAGCGCAAGAGCUCCGCGUACGAUGCGGAGCCGCAGGCGCUGGAGAAGAACGCCUUCCAGAUGAAGCACCUGAACGGUGUGGCGCCGCCAAGCUCGCCGCAGGAGGACGUGGACCCCCAGGAGCCUGCGACGGGCGGCAACUACAUUCGCACCUUCUUCCGCAUCGUCGUGGCCGCUCGGCCCGAGUGGAGUUUCCUCAUCAUUGGAGCCAUCUGCGCGGGCAUCUACGGCGUCACGAUGCCCGUCUUCUCCAUCGUCCUGGCGGAGCUCUACGGCUCGCUGGCGAAGCCCACCGACGAGGAGGUGCUCGAUCAGAGCUCCUCGAUGGCCAUCAUUUCGCUGGUGAUUGGCGUCGCCGCCGGCAUCGUGUGCUUCAUUCAAACGUUUUUCUUCAAUCUGGCGGGUGUGUGGCUCACGAUGCGAAUGCGCUCCAGGACCUUCAGCAGCAUCAUGCAGCAGGAGAUGGGCUGGUUCGACCGCAAGGACAACAGCAUUGGGGCCCUCUCGGCCCGGCUUUCGGGCGACGCAGCCAGUGUCCAGGGCGCCAUCGGCUUCCCGCUGAGCAACAUCAUCCAGGCGCUGACGAACUUCAUCUGCAGCAUUGCCAUCGCCUUUCCGUACUCCUGGGAGCUGGCCCUGAUCUGCCUGAGCACGGCCCCCUUCAUGAUUGCCUCGAUCGUCUUCGAGGCUCGCUUCGGGGAGCGUUCGGCGCUGAAGGAGAAGGAUGUCCUGGAGGAGACGAGUCGCAUAGCCACGGAGACCAUCGCCCAGAUCCGCACUGUCGCCGGCCUGCGCCGCGAGGCGGAGCUGAUUCGGGUCUACGACCAGGAGGUGGAGCGCUACCGCGUGCAGAUCCUCACCCGCCUCAAGUGGCGGGGACUCGUCAAUUCCUUGGGCAAGUCCCUCAUGUUCUUCGGCUACGCGGUGACCCUGACCUACGGCGGACACAUGUGCGCCGACGGGAAGAUCAAAUUCGAGACGAUCAUGAAGAUCUCCAAUACCAUGCUCUACGGACUGUUCAUCCUCGCCCAAUCGCUGGCCUUCACGCCGGCCUUCAAUGCGGCCCUCCUCUCCGCCAACCGCAUGUACGAGAUCAUCGACCGGCGGCCGCAGAUCCAGUCGCCGGAUCCGGGGAUCGCGUCCCUGCUGCAGAACGGCAAUGGAUCGCCGCACAAGACGAAUGUGGGGGUGCAGCAGGGCGUCUGCUACCGGGGCCUCCAGUUCGCGUAUCCGUCGAGGCCCCACCUCAAGGUCCUGCAGGACUUCAAUCUGGAGAUACAGCAGGGACAAACGGUGGCCCUCGUGGGCGCCUCCGGGUCGGGCAAGUCCACCUGCGUGCAGCUCCUUUUGCGCUACUACGAUCCCGACGAGGGGAAGAUUCUGAUCGAUCAGGAGAGCAUCCACCAGGAUAUGGGGCUCAAGACCCUGCGCCGCCGCCUGGGUCUCGUCUCGCAGGAGCCCUCGCUCUUCGAGAAAUCCAUCGCCGAGAACAUUGGCUACGGGGACACCAGCCGCACGAUUCCCAUGCAGCAGAUCAUCGACGCCGCCAAGAUGGCCAAUGCCCACGAGUUCAUCAUGUCCCUGCCCGCCCAGUACGACACCGUCCUGGGGUCAAAGGGCACCCAGCUGUCCGGUGGCCAGAAGCAGCGCAUCGCCAUUGCCCGGGCGAUGGUUAGGAACCCCAAGAUCCUGCUCCUGGACGAGGCCACCUCCGCCCUGGACUUCCAGAGUGAAAGGGUGGUGCAGCAGGCCCUCGACUCCGCGUGCAGCGGACGCACCAGCAUCGUGAUUGCCCAUCGCCUGUCCACCAUUCAGAACGCGAGCGUCAUUUGCGUGAUUCAAGCGGGACGCAUCGCGGAGCAGGGCUCCCACGCGCAGCUGCUGGCCAAGAACGGCAUCUACUCGAAGCUGUAUCGCAGCCAGACGAAGGCAUCUUGAAGAUACUCUCAACGCACACAAGUAUGCAGCACUCGGGGGCCAGUCUUCCCCUUCUCUGGAGCGCGCUAGCACGGACUCAAACCACAAAACCCACAAAACCCAUCAAAAUAUUUUAUGUUCUUCCAAUAAAAGUUCUUUUGUUUUGCCUUUUUAUUAAA